AUGUCGUCCAACGCAACAGACGGCGGCGUCCCUCCCCCGGCAGCGUACGCCAACCUGCCGCACGACGACAAGCGGCGGUCGACGCUGCUCUCCAUCUGGUGCCUGGCGGCGCUGUCGCUCGCGUUCCUGGUCGCCCGCCUGCUCUGCAAGCUCUGCACGCGGCGGCGGCUCUGGUGGGACGACCACGUCAUGGUGCUCGCGUGGGCGGCGCUGGCGGCGUCGGUCGCGCUGUCGACGUGGUCCAUUGCGCUGGGCGAGGGCCAGCACGUCUGGGACGUCGACCCGGCGCACUUUGGCCGGCUGGGCCUGCUCGGCAACCUGACGGGCACCUUUUCGAUCCUGGCCGCCGUCUGGAGCAAGACGUCGUUUGCGCUGACGCUGCUGCGGCUGCUGUCGGGGCAUCCGCGGCUGCGCGCGCUGCUGUGGCUGGCGAUGGGCAGCAUGAACGUGGCCAUGGGCCUCAACGCGCUGUUUCUGUGGGUGCGCUGCGCGCCCGUCGCCAAGACGUGGAACCCGGCCGUGCCCGGCACCUGCUGGGCGCCGCAGGUCUACCCCAUCUACGGCGUCUUUGCCGCCGGCUACUCGGCCGUCAUGGACUUUGUGCUGGCGCUGCUGCCGUGGAAGAUUGUGUGGCAGCUGCAGAUGCGCCGCCCCGAGAAGCUCGGCGUCGCCGUCGCCAUGAGCCUCGGCGUCGUCGCCGGCGCCACCGCCAUCGUCAAGACCUCGCAGAUCCCCACCCUGUCGUCGCCCGACUUUACCUACGUCAUGCUGCCGCUCGUCGUCUGGGGCGCCGCCGAGUCCGCCGUCACCAUCAUGGCCGCCUCGAUCCCCGUGCUGCGCGUGCUGCUGCGCGACGCGCACCAGCUGACGCUGCGCCACUACAUCGUGUCGGCCGGCACGGGCGGCGGGACGGAUGUGCGGACGGCCGACGGUGCCGGUGCUGGCGGCGGAGAGGAGAUGCAGAGCGUGGUGCGCAGGGAGCAGCCGACGAAGCACCGCCGCGAUGUGGAGCACGGCAUCGACGACGACGACGACGAGCGCGCGUUGCGGUCUGUGGGCAGUCAGCAGACCGUGCGGACAGCACGUGAGACAACGUCAAAGGAGGGCGACAUGUGUAGCAUCCGUGUUGCGCUGUGCGACGACGGGUCCAGCCAGGAGGGCCAGCUGCGGAGGGACGAUGCGUUCUACAAAUAA